CGAUUCUCCGUAAGUGCUUGUGUUUUGAAAAAAGCGAUUAUCUGUGUACAUCGCCCAAAUCCAAGAUAAUGCAAGGUUGUUGUUGAGUCACUCCACCAUCUAGCGCCACGGUGCGACCGCACGUUUCUUUCUCACUUUCGUCGAUACUUCCGCACAUAGCAUAUUAAAAUGGCUUACCAAGGAGGAUAUUAUCAAGAUCCGAAUCAACCGUACUACGGUAAUCAAUACCCGCAACAGCCCGGAUUCAAUCCGAACUAUCCCCCGCAGCAACCCGGUUAUCCGCCACAGCAACCCGGCUAUCCGCCACAGGGAGGCUACCCACCACAAUCCGGAUAUCCACCUCAGGGAGGCUACCCCCCUCAAGGACCCGGUUUCAAUCCGGCCUACCCCCCGCAACAGGGCUAUCCACCGCAGCCGGGUUUCGUCCAGCCACCAACAAUGCCGACCGGAUACGGUUCGGCGUACGACGCCGAAAGCGUCAAGGGGUUCGACUUCAACGACCAGUCCAUCCGGCGUGGCUUCAUCCGCAAGGUUUACUCCAUUCUGACGUUGCAACUGCUGCUCACCGCUGGCUUGAUUUCGCUGUUCCUGUUCCAUCAGCCGACUCAGCUAUGGGUAAAGAGUCACCCAGAAAUGUUUUGGAUUGCAUUGGGUGUGAUGAUCGUGGCCCUGAUUACAUUGGCCUGCUGCGGAGAAGUACGCCGAAAAGCGCCGAUGAACUUCAUACUCCUGAUACUUUACACGGCGUCCCAAGGAUUCAUGCUCGCUGUAACCGCUGCCAAUUUCAAGUCCAAUGAGGUAAUAAUGGCAGUAGGAAUAACGGCUGCCGUCUGUCUCGGCUUGACACUGUUUGCGUUCCAAACCAAGUGGGACUUCACCGUAAUGGGUGGCAUCCUGUUCGUGGCAGUCCUGAUCCUGAUGCUGUUCGGGUUGAUUGCCAUAUUUAUCCCGGGUAAAACGAUCUCGCUCGUGUACGCAUCAGCCGGUGCCCUUCUGUUCUCGAUCUAUCUCGUCUACGAUACGCAGCUAAUGAUGGGCGGUGAACAUAAGUACUCGAUCAGUCCGGAAGAGUACAUUUUUGCGGCACUGAAUCUGUACAUCGACAUUGUCAACAUUUUCCUCUACAUCCUCACGAUUAUCGGUGCGACACGCGAUUAAGCAUUGUCCAGCCGUGCCUCAUGUUCGUUUUGAUCUUAUCUAUUGCUCUGUCGUAUUUUGCACCUGCAAAAUCAUCUCAAUAUUCCAUUCCAAAUAGAUGACCAAAAGAAGCAGACAAAACAAGGACCGCGUGUGUGAGCUAUUUAAUAAUUUGAUCAAACGCGCGACGCUUUUGCGGCUUGCGCUUAACCAAACAUCGCAGUGCGUAGUGUAGGUGUAAUAAUUUAAUUCCGAUUAAUACUAUUAGCUGAAGAAGCGCUGUUCGAGUGACAGCGGCCAAUUCAGAAUGAAAAUAAUCAGCCAUGAAAGAUUUAAUGAUGAACUGAGUGUGGCCUGCAAAGGCAAACUUUGUUCUCGUUAUCGAUUUUUGUGUUACCGAUGUCAGCUGCUGACCAGAGUACGCUUGGCCAAAGCGAAUGCGCCUGAAAUAUUGUGCGUUAGCCUCAUGUAAUAUUGAAAUGUUCCAUCUAACCACCCGUUCCAAAGAAGCAAUGGCACACCGAGGCUACCUACUCUACUUGUUAUUUGUUAUUAAUUACCGACGUUGUGUACGCAAGCCCUGGUGUUUGAAUUACAGUCUUAUUAACAAAUUAAUAUCCCAAACGGCUGAGAACGGCGUGCUUUGUAUUGGUCCACAAUGAACAAUAAUAGUUUGUGAGAAAUUAGUUCACAACGAAUGCGACAACGCACGAUGUAAAUGGCAAAAAGAAGUAAAAUGCUUAAAUAUAAACCCCCUACAAGUUGCUCUUGCUGAUAAGCUAAGCUAAGCUGGUCAUCAAGCCGAUAUCAGGGCAUGUAAAUGUAGCAAUUACAGUGUGACUAUGGUGCGCAAAAUGCACGAUGUGUGAUAGGCGGAGAGACUAAUCUAUGUGAGUGUUUGCUACAUUUUUUCUUCUUGUUCCACUGUCCGCAAAGCUACCGGAUGAUGUAUAUAAUAUUUUAAUAUUUAUCAAAGCCCCAUAUAAAGCGCCAACAAAAUGUGUGAUUCAGAGUAAAGCACGAAUUACAAAAGCAGUUGAAGAAACAAUGAUAAAUUGUUCUAUUGUAAUGCCGAAAAAUAAAGA